CGAGUAUAUGAAGACGCUCGCGCUCUGGAAGUUGUUCUGGAUGGCUGAUCACCUCCCCCGAGCAGCCUCCUUACUUGGCAUCUCACUUGGCAAUCCUACUCAACCUCGUGUGUGUUUCCUUCUCACCACUCAAUCCCACACGCAGCCAUGAGAGUCUCGUCCAUCUUCGCCGUCCUGGCGGCUGCCAGCAGCGCCCUUGCCUACUCGGCCGAGUUGAUUCCGGCCGGCGUCCCUCGCAACGUGGACGAGUUCCGCGUGAAGCACCCCUACCAAAAGCGCGCCAGGGGCUGCCGUAACACGUACACUCUACGUGCCUCGGAGAAUGACCUGGAUGACGUCUCUGACGAGCUUGUCGAGGGUCUGAAGCUGGCCAACAACGGUGGUACUUUGCAUCUUCCCGCUAACCAGACAUUCAUCAUUGGCAAGCCGCUCGAUCUGACAUGGCUCAAUGAUGUCCAUGUCCACUGGGAGGGUGAGAUCAAGUUCACCAAUGACACCCCGUACUGGCAAGCCAACGCCUUCCACCACCCGUUCCAGAACUCCAUCAUGUUCUGGAAGUGGGGAGGAAACGACGUGAAGCUGUACGGCCAGGGUGUUCUGAACGGUAACGGUCAAAGAUGGUGGAACGAGUUUGCUGGUCUUGAGAUUCUGGACCCCACAAACGCCUACCUCCGUCCCAUCCUGUUCUAUGCCGAGAACGCGACUGGACUGUCUAUUGAGGGCAUCCACUUCAAGGACUCUCCUUGCUGGACUACCUUCAUUGUGACUUCCAAGGAUAUCUCCUUCACGGACGUCAUUGUCACCGCCGAGACCAACAACCACACCGCCGAGCCCAAGAACACCGACUUCUUCGACUCUCUGAACGUCGAAGAUGUCCGCGUCAAGCGCGCCUGGGUGAACAUUGGCGACGACUGCUUCUCCCCCAAGUCCAACGCCACCAACAUCCACGUCGACACCAUGUACUGCAACGGCACCCACGGACAGUCCAUUGGAUCCCUGGGCCAGUACGCCGGCGAGAAGAGCUUCGUUCAGGACGUCGUCAUUGAGAACGUCUGGAUGCUCAACGGUCAGCACGGUGCCCGCCUCAAGACCUGGGCCGGCCCUAACAUUGGCUACGGCUACAUCGACAACGUCACCUUCCGCAACUUCUGGCAGGCGAACAACGAGUACACGGCCUUCAUUGACUCGUGCUACUUCAACAUCAACGCCACCACCUGCGCUGCGUACCCUUCCCAGAUGAAUAUCAGCAACAUCCUCUUCGAGAACUUCUCUGGAUACUCCAGCGGAAAGUACGGCCGUGCUGUCGCCAAGCUCACUUGCUCGACCAAUCCCAACGCCGUCUGCGACAACAUCCAGUUCAAGAACUUCAACAUCACCACCCCUUGCGGUGGCGACCCCGUCAUUCUGUGCGACGGUAUCAAGGGAGACAUUGGUACCCCUUGUGUUUCUGCCACCAGUGAUGAGGGUAAGGCUGCUCUGGCGGCCAAGUGCACAACGGCUCUGGCUGUGGCUACACCGUGGGAGGUCAGACCCUUUAAGGGUUGAAUGAGUAAUUGGGUUACACUCUUCUUUGAGUAGAGCUAGGUAUCACGGGUCAAGAUGAUGACCGAGUCGUGCAGUGACGGCGUAGAUUCUUGUAUAAAAUUAAACUUUG